AUGAACAUUUGUAAUAUAUAUAGAACAGUAUUAAUAUAUCUGUUGUUAUGCUAUGGAAAAAAGUUCAUCAAUGGCCAAGGAAUCCAGGAAGAUAGACAAAAUUCGCCAGAACAAAAUAGCAGAGCCGGUACAACUCAACAAUCAGCCACCGCGGCUCCAGAAAACACAACAAGCUUAAAUCCUACACUUUUAAACGCAAAUAUCAAUGAUAACAUAAACUUUGUACAAGCCCAACUAGGAGCGCUACCUACUCAACAAGCUCCAGCUCCUUCCCAGGCAUCGCAAGCAGCAGCCAAGGCACAAGGACACCAGGACAUUUCAUUAGACUCUCCGAGCGACACCGAUGCGGAAGACAUUCCGCUAUCUAUAAAAAGGAAGCUCACCCAAAAGACAGCACCAGAGCAACCGACAAGCGGCUCAGAAAUAGAGCUGGAUGUCGACCUUGAUGCCAAGGCGAAGCAAAGAUUAGCACAAACGUCAACACAGCAGCCAACAGCUGUACCGCAAGCAGGAUGUGCUCCCAGAAGAUCAAAUACGCUGGAAGGCCACCCAGAGCUAGUAAUUCUAGAUUUGAGUGAAAAGUAUACCACCGAUAAGGUUAAUUAUGAGUAUAAGCAGGCGGAGCAGUCACACUUCUUCAAGCCGAUACCGCCAAACAAGUUUUAUCACGUAAAACUGGGUGACACUACAGCAUGGAAGUACUCAGGAACAGGGGACCACCCGCUGGAGGUACGCGUCGUGCCAGACACUGAAGGAAACCCGAAGCUGCAAAUACUCUUCCCGCAGUACGUGGAGACGGAAACUGAGUCGGAGUUUGAGCCUGCAGCGCCCAAACCAGCUGCAGGGCAACCGCCGAGGGUCAUGCCCACGCCCGGAGAAGCAGCGCAGCCAGUUGCCCAACCUCAGCCUGUUGCACAGCCGCAGCCACCUACACAACCGCAGCCAGUUGCACAACCACAGCCUGCUACACAACCGCAGCCCCCUACACAUUCUCAACCGAUGGUACAACUUCCACAGCAAGUACCGCAAUCGCAACCAGCGCCGCCCCAAGAUGCAGCACAACUACCACAGCAAGGGGCUCCAUACCCGCCAAUGCCUCCACAGGCACCAGUCCCACCGCCAGAACACGCAAUGACACACGCCCCCGGCUACGCUCCACCACCGCAACGUAUGCAGCCAGAGCUGAUCAGCGUAGACAUCAAGAACUUCCAGAGCACGAACCAAAUCGAUUACUUCUAUUACGAUCGUGAGAAGUUACACAAGUUUCUGUGUAAGCCGCAGUACCUGAUAGGAGUGUUGUUCAAGGACGGAAAGAUCAAGAAGCACAUCACGAGUAACUUUCCGAACAGAGUGCUCAUAUUCAAGGACCCGAGUGGAGCGCCUAUCCUCAGGCUCCUGGAGCCGAACGAGUACGAUCCGAAUGAGCCCAGAUACAUACCAGAGCAAUACAUACCACAGAGAAUGAUGCCAGGCCAGUUCAUGGGAGGACAGCGUAUGGACCCGCGUAUGAUUCCCCCGCACUUCGAUCCUCGCAUGAUGGACCCUAGGUUCAUGAGACCACAGAUGCCUAGGCCCAUCCCCAUCGAGAUUAACACAGACUAUAAAUCGGACACUAAGCAUUACUCGUACGAGCUGAAGGGGCCUUACACACACCUGUUCACCGCAAGAAAGCCGUUCCUCUUUGCAUCAAUUAGAAACAAUAGAAAGGUCCUGCUCACACCAGACCCCAACAAGAUGCCGGACAGAGUUUUAUAUAGAGAUCCGCCCGACAGUAAGCCACAACUCAGAGUUGCGUACCCCGAGAAGCCACCAAUGCCCCAGAUGCCACCGCCACAUAUGCGUCAGAUGCAUCCGCAUAUGAUGCCGCCUAUGCACCCUGGAAUGAGGAUGCCCGGCAUGCCACACGGUCCCCCACCACCGAGACCGGGUCCGCCAGCGAAGGUGACAGAGGAGGUUGCGAAGCCAGGACCGCGUUUGCACCUACUCUCCUUGGAUAUCAACCACAGAGCAAGCACGGGCCAGAUCAGGUUCACUUACGACACAGAUGAGCAGUCGUUCGUGUUCACAGCAAAUGCACCCUUUUAUAUCUCACAGGCUCUGGCCGGGAGGGAGGUGCUGUGGGUGGCGAAGCAGGGCAAGUUCGCAGAGGAGAUCAGAGUGACCUACGACGCUGCAGGCACCCCGAACAUCCGCGUCUUCCUACACGAGCCGGAUCUGCAGACGCCGCAGCCCAGGCUGCCAAGGCCGCCAGAGAUAAUGCCCACGGUGCCAGGGGCGAUGCCACAGCUACCCCCAGCUGAGCCCCCUAUUCAGCUAGUGGAAGUUGAUGUCAACUUCUUCCACAGCACCAACGAGAUCCUUUACAGGUUCUACCCGCAUAACGGAAUUCACAAGUUCCUCUGCAGGCCAGGGUACAUGAUUUCAAGGGUUGUUAAGAACGGCAGACUGAAGCAGGAGUUCACCUCAGAGUACCCCAACAGAGUGCUCAUCAUGAUGGACCCCCACGGUGGAAGGGUGCUAAGACUACUGGGCCCCAACGACGUAGAGCCCUAUGAGCCAGUUGAUCCAGAGCUAGACAAGUUUUUUACUCCACUUAGGGAGCUUGUCCCCACAGUGCCAGGCGUGCCUGGAGCUCCAGAAGUGUCUGAACUCGAGUAUGAGGUGCCCUAUCCAGAAGCGAUGCCAGUGAGGCCUGAAGUCCCGGAAGAGGAGGAGGUUGCCGAAUACCCAGAAGAGGCGGAGGUCGCGGAGGAAGAAGUACCAGAAGAGCACGAGGUUGCUAAGCCAGCCGUUGACUAUGCAUCACUAGUUGGUACUCAGCUAUUCCUCAACACAAAUCAACCAACUGAUAAGUUCCACUAUUACAAAGACGGAAGCACUGGCAUACAUAUUUAUACAGUAAAGGGAAAUUACGCCUUUUCCGUAGUCAAAGCUCCAAAAACCUUUACCAAGCCAGAAAUAAUGGUUUGGAGAGCUGCAGAAUGUGAAGAAUUUGCCAAGAAAGUUACACACGCUGAAUAUGGUGUAUCCGAAAUGGAAGAAUUAAAUGUUUAUCUUUAUAACGGGAUUCAUAAGAAGUUUACUCGAAUGAAGAACGUACCAUGGAAGGAAAUUGAUUUAAAUUUAACCAAUAAAGAAGAGCUAGAUAUCAACGCAGAUAAGAGCACUUUUGUUUUCAGAAGACGACAUUGUGGAUUCUUUGUAGAGUACACUGCAAAUAAGCCAUAUGUUUUUAGUAUGAUUUAUAAAUAUAGCAUAGGGGUUAAAAUGGAAAUUUGGGAGUCAUUCAACCCAGAUUUAUACGUUAAAAAAGUAGAGAGAGAUGGUACUGGUUCACUUACAAGUGUUAGUAACAUUACCCUGUUCUUUGUUAAUGGUAGGAUUAAACAUCUCACUAAACUAAAAGAAAAAGGAGUUGAGAAAUGGAGAUAUCGGUCCCCUCACAUUCACUUAGACAUCGGAGAAAAUCAUGAUAAUCUAUACUAUACAUACAGAGAGAGUGGUGGAUUUGGAACUUUCGCAGCAAGGAAUAAUAUUACUUUCAUAACUGUGUCGCUAGGGUCGGGAACCACCAGGGUCAACAAAUUCAUAUUCUCGAAGACGCCAUAUGGAAAAUUUUGUACCAGAGUUAUUACGAACAUACACUUUGCUACUCAAAGAACCAAGUUUGUAUCAGUUCUGUUCAAUGAUGGAAAGCAUGUCCACUACAUAUCACCACAAUGUAGCAAGCAAUGGCAGAGAGUACCGCUGGAAGUUGAGUUGAACAUACAGAAGAGAGUCGGUAUGUAUCAAUUCAGAUACCUGCCAGACGAACAGUUGCCGUCAUACAUGACAAACUUCAACUUCAACAUAUCGAGAAUUAUUCAAGAUAAAACUCAGAUUUGGAGGUCAAAGGAUAAAGUUGGAGCUUUAAUAGUUAUAAUGGACACAAUACAUGACCCUAAGUUCUUGGCAGUGUUCUUGAAUAAUGGAAAGACUAUAUUCUUCCGCAAGUCCGGCAUUUUCUGGAGUAAUCACAAUAAGUUUCUGCCUCUUCAUCUUGAGCUGGAUCACAGACAAACUACGAGUUGCAUUAUCUACAAGCACGACAAGGUACAGAAUUUAGAGGUUUACACGCCCAGAAACGGACUCUUCAUAAGAUCAGUUUCAAAUCAACACAGGCUUAUAUGGUUAACAGAAAAUGAAGCAGAGUAUGCAAGAAGAGUGGUGCUAUCAGCGACAAAGCUUACCAUAUUCCAGUCGGACAGAAAGAGGUUGGAAUUUGACAGAGAUUUGGCAUAUAAUGAGGAUGAAUACACGGAGAUAGUCGACCCUCAGUAUGGUUUACAUGUCUAUUCAGUUUAA